CCAGCACCGACGACCGCAGCCGUCCAGUCCCAGCAGUCCCCAUCUUCGACGCCACAAACCCAACCACCACACCCCCAUGCAUAAUCCAAGCAAUGAUAAAAGCAGGAGGAGUCAUACUCCGGCACGCCAUCACGCCCGAAAUCCUAACCCGCAUCGAGCACGACACCAGACCCUACAUACAAACCGACACCGAAUGGACCGGGACAUUCUUCCCCAAAGAGACUCGACGCGUCUGCGGCCUCGCGGGCAAAUCCCAGCCCUUCAUAGAAGGAAUCGUCGGAAACGCUAUCUUCCAGUCUAUCUCGGAUAUUUUGCUUACAAGCAAACUGGGCUGCUGGAUUGGAGAGAAAUGGGAGGAACACGUUUCGCCGCCGCAGCUGAAUAACACGAUUAUUUUCUCCGUGGGCCCUGGUGCGCGCGCGCAGGGUCUACACCGGGACGACAUGAUUCAUCAUAAUAAACCGCGGUCUAUACCUGUGGAGGAAUAUAAGGUCGGACAGGAUGUGGGCGUUGGGUUCUUCGUUGCGGCGAGUCGCUCGACGAAGGAGAAUGGGGCGACGCGGUUUAUACCGGGCUCGCAUCUGUGGGCUCAUGAGACGCCGCCGGUUGAGGGUUUAGCUGUGCAUGCGGAGUUGGAGCCUGGGGAUAUGUUUGUUUUCUUCUCGAGCUGUUAUCAUGGGGGGUCAGCGAAUUGGACGAAAGAUCAGGAGAGGCUGCUUUAUAGCUUCUUUAUGACGAAGGGUUUUCUGAGGCAGGAGGAGAAUCAGUAUUUGGCGAGUCGGUGGGAGGAUGUUAAAGGGGUUUAUGAUGAUGGGAUGUUGAAGACGAUGGGCUAUGGCCUCAGUGCGCCGUUCUUGGGCUGGGUGGAUCUGCGCAGUCCAUUAAACUCGCUGAGAGGAGAGACUGAGUUGAAGGAUUUGUAUUGA